AUGUCAGAUCAAGCAUACUCUAUCUCCCGACCGCUCUCACCACCCAUGCCAUCUUACGAACCUCUAUCUGCCAAUUCAGCCAACUCGACCUCAACUUCUACGUCUACAUCUACAGCCGCUUCGUACCCUCGUCAACCCGUUAAGAGGGAAUCUUGGAGACCUGGUCAACCUUCUUCUUCUUCUGCUUCCGCCCAAGGAGUGAAUAUACCUACUGGACCUGCAGCUAGUACUGGACCUACCCAUACGAACAGAUGGCAAGACAUAUCUGCCGGACCAUCGGGAGGAUAUAGCAGAAAUACCGAAGGGUCCAGAUCACCUGUAUCCAAGAGAGAUAUCAGUCCAUCAAGUUCGAGAGGGUAUGAGCAUAGUAGUAGAGCAAGAUCGGAUUAUAAUGAUGAUGCAGAUAGGGAUGGGGAUAGGGAUAAUAGAGGUUGGAAGCGGGACAACAACAAUAGUAAUAGGAAAAGAAAGGAUUUUGAUAGUAACAAUGGGAACUUUAAUAAUAAUAACAACAAUUAUGGUCAAGGUCACAGAUUUGGGAACAACAAUGGUGGCUCAGCAGGAGGAGGAGGAGGAGGAGGAGAAAGAAGCUGGGCAGCAUGGAAUCAGAAAGUCCAAAAUACCACUAAUCGUCAAGAUGACUUAGAUCGUAAUAAUGAUCGUAAUCGUGACAGGGACAGGGAUAGAGGUUGGAGAAGAGAUAUGGAUCGUGAUCGGGAUCGGAACCGUAGGAGAGACGAUAGAGAUAGGGAUAGAGAUCGAAGGAGAUCAGGUGGUAAAGGUGAUUCGAAUUCCAAGAACAACGAUGGAUCAGGUGAUGGUAGAUCAUGGGCAGCAUGGAAAGCCAAGGUGGGUACUCAAGAGAGAGAAAGAGAGUUAGUAAAUACAUUUGAUCAAAGACGGAAUACCAAUUUGGAUUUGGAAACUGUUAAGAAAGAAGGGUUUUGGACGAAUAGUCGGUAUGACAACCACCAACAUCAGCAUCAGCAGAGGAAUACGAACCUCCAAAGAAGGGAUAGUCCAGAUUAUGGUAAUGGUAGUGGAUCUAGCUCGAAUAGGAGAAAUGGAAGGGAAUCACCUGAUCAUGCUACGGGACAGAGGGGAAGAAGAGAUAGUCCAGAUUACGGUACAGGCGGCAGAGCAAAGUCUCCUGAUAAUACCGAUCCGGAUUCGCGUCCGCUUGCAAGCACAUCACGGAAUGGUAGGGAUAGUCCAGAUUAUGGUGAGCCUCGAGUUGGAGGUAGAGCAAGUGAGCCGGGAGGUGGAAGAGGUGCGAGAGAUAGUCCUGAUUAUGGUGUUGGAGGGAAAUCUCAGGAGAGAUCACGUCAGACUUCACCUGAACCUAACGAACGUAAACGCGCACCGUCCUCACCUCGGGCCAAUGAACCCAAGAGACCAAGAGAUCGUUCUCCGUCCGGAUCCCGCCGAGGCUCACCUUCACCACCUCCAGUCAACCGAUGGGGCAGGCAUGACCGUCAGUCACCCGAACGUCGGGCUAGAAGUCCACCCUCAGGACCCAGAGGUCAAUCGCAAAUUACUCCCGUUAGUAGGAGGCAGCCAUUAGCUCCUCAGGGGGAUAUGUUCGUCUCUGGAGGUAACAAUCGGCCAUCAUGGGGUGAAAGGCAUGAAGGUCCCCCUCAAAGAAGAUGGGGUAGAGAUGAGAGGAUGGAUGUCGAUGAGACCCCGAGAGGAUCAGCUGCUCAGGCUGAUCCCAGUAAUGAAUACACCAGACAAGGUGAAGGUUACAGUCAUGACGCUUACCGUCCAACUCACGGCCAACGUCCAUUCCUUCCCUCUUCUCAGCCUCCGCUACAACAAUCGCAUUAUAAUGCUAAGCCCCCGCCACCUCCCUCUGAAACACUCAAUUACGGAUCGCCGCCUGUCCGUUCGACCAAUACACUCCCACCCUUCCUGCAACCUCCAUCUCAAGAACCUCUUAUCAGCCAAGAUCCAAAUCCUGCUAUCCCUGCUCAACCUCCAGCUGCUAGCGGUCCAAUCAAAAUAGCUUUCAACGCUAGUCCCAAGAAAGGUUGGAAAUCCAUCUCACCUUCUAAAACUAUACAGAACCUAUUCGAAGCACCCACUUCACCCUCACAUCACUCCGUCUCACCAAGUAAAGGUUCAACCACCAGUUUGUCCCCAACUAGACGAUAUUCCGAUAAUUCCUCAUCGGCAGUAGCACCUUAUAUCCAAGCUGCUUUUAGCUCAUGGUAUGAUCAAGGUAUGAGUCCCCCCAUCGAAAGUUUCUUGAUACAUUAUUUCGGGAGGGAACCUAGUGAUUUUGAGCUAAAUCAGAUUGAAAUGCUCUUGCGCAACAAGCAAAAUCAAAAUCAACUUGGUGCAGUAAGAUCUCAAGAUGAUGAUGUAAGAGGAAGAGGUGUUUCACCGGGCAAUUCGAGGUAUGCUCGGGGCAGAGGUCAAGAUCAGGCAGUGUGGAGGGCCGAAAGGAAUAACAACAGUAGAGACGAUGACAGGUAUACUCGUCAGAGGGAUGAUGAGAUGGACAGGAGCGGUGAUCAUCGACAUGCGCCUUUUGGAAGGGAGAGGGAGACGAACAGGAGGUUAUCGAAUAGCAAUGGAGGUGUGAAUGAUAUACCCGUCAUUCAAAGUAGAUGGACGCCCAACAAACCGACUACUUCCACCGCAUCUGCACCUACAGCAACGCACGGACCUAUCGACACAGUCGACAAGGUACAGACCUCGACCUUGUCAAUUCCCUCGUCCUUACCACAACCUCAAUCUGAUCAACCUUCUCCAUUUAUACAAGCUCAACCAUCCGAAUCUUCCGCCGAGAAUAUACAAUCCACAUCCGAAGCUUCCUUCGUACCCACCACAUCAGGCGAUAUGUACGUCCUUGUCUCUCACGUGGGAGAGGGAACCUACGGGAAAGUGUAUAAAGCGCGUAAUACCGAUACUGGCCGGAUGGUGGCCUUGAAAAAAAUUAGAUUGGAAGGUGAAAAAGAUGGGUUCCCCGUCACCGCCAUGAGGGAAAUCAAGCUGCUGCAGGGUGUGAGACAGGAUAAUGUGGUGAGGUUGUUGGAAAUCAUGGUCUCGAAAGGAAACGUCCAUAUGGUAUUCGAAUAUAUGGAACACGACUUGACCGGUCUCCUAUCCCAUCCUACACUCAGAUUCUCCCAAGCCAAUAUCAAAUCAUUAAAUCAUCAAAUGUUAAAUGGUUUAUCACACUUACAUUCCAAGUCAAUCUUACAUCGAGAUAUGAAAGGAUCGAAUAUCCUGUUGAACUCGAAAGGGGAAUUGAAAUUGGCGGAUUUCGGAUUAGCAAGAUUGUACUGCAAGAAACAUCUGGAUGAUUAUACCAACAGAGUUAUUACGCUUUGGUAUAGGUCUCCUGAGCUGUUGAUGGGUGAGACAGUCUAUAAGAGUGAGGUGGAUAUGUGGUCUGCGGGAUGUAUUGUAUUGGAGAUAUUCACCACUAAACCGAUAUUCCAAGGAUCAGAUGAGAUCAACCAGUUGGAAGUGAUAUAUAGUAUAAUGGGUACACCGAAAGAGUCACAAUGGCCUGGGGUAAAAGAAUUGCCAUGGUAUGAAUUGGUGAAACCGAAAGAGGUGAUUGAAUCGAAGUUCAAAAGUGCUUUUGAAAAAUGGUUAUCACCCGCUGCUUUGCAACUGGUCGAAGGUCUGUUAAACUUCGAUCCGUCUAAAAGACUCACAGCGAAAGAUGCUAUGAACACACCUUAUUUCGUUGCUGAACAACCUCCUAUGGAAAUGCCUACCCAAUUGGAUAAUAUCGGAGAACAUCAUGAGAUGAGUGCCAAGCAGGAUAGACAGAGGAGAAGACAGAUGGAGGGUAGGUGA